ACUGAGCUAUCUGCUCUUGCUGUGUUCCAUAAUUUUACUGUGCCUCAUGGGUGACAGGGGUAUAAAUUGUGUUAAAGGUCUUUUUUGGAGGUGAAAAUAAUGUCACUGAUAGUUUGAGUUGUAUUUUCUCAUUUCUGUGACCUUUCUUCCCAACCUUAAAAUCAGAAUAAGGUGACGUAGCUGUUCAGUAGUGCCAUUUGAGUAGAAUCAAGGGUCUUUUUAUGUUUAGCAUGCAAGUUUAUAUAAGUUUUGCAUAUAUUUGAAAGAUUAGGAGAUCACAAGGGAAGAAAUUUUCCAGUCAAAACCCUCCUGGACAUGAUCCUGUGCAACCUUCUGAAGUGAAUCUACUUCAGCAGUGAAGGGGGCUGGACUAGAUGACCUCCAGAGGUCCCUUCCAACCCAGUCAUUCUAUGAUACUAAAAUACUAUACUUUUUUCAACUAUUGUUGUUAUUUCUCUGAUGUAGCUUACUUUGUGGACAUGCAUAUGGUAGACUUUUCAGGAUUUCUUUCUUACUAAGCUGUGUUUUCUGCUCUUUCGUGAGUGACUCAUGAUUAUUUUUUCAAGGACACUUCAUUAAAGUAGAAGGUAAUCAUGUUAUGGUAGCUUUAAUUCAUCCUUGUCUGAAAAAAAAAGUAGAUAACCAAAUUACUAAAUAUUGGAUAACAUCGUUUACAGAUUACAGCUUUUAGAGACAGUGGUUGUAUAGAAUAAGCACACAGUUCUCUGCUGAAGAUGAUUUAAAAUAGUGGAUGUGGUAUAAACAUUACAUUUGCUAGGAUUUGGAGAAAUGAAACUGAAGUGAAAUCUUCCAGUAGAGGCUUCUUUAUCUUUCCAUUUGUGACACAACUAAGGAUGUUAGGAGUCCAGUGUGCUUGAGACUCUUCCUGGAGGCCAGAGAUGGGAAGGGCAGUGGAAAAGGCUCCUGCAGAAACACCAGUGCUGAAAGGGCAACUGGGGAAAAUGUGGGCCUGAUGCUAAAUGGCAGAGGAGACCUGAUCUCACAAGGUUGAGGACAGCAUUUUUGCUUUGAUCUUCAUUUUCUAGGCCUGUUCCCAGGUUCCUCAAGUCCCUGGGUGUAGCAACGUGCCUCUGAGAGAGCAAAACACUUCUUUGUGGUAGGAGUGGAGCGAGUGAGGAGCGGCCGGUUCUGUGAGGCACACAUGCACGAAGCAGUGGGACCAUGUGGGAUCCCUCCAGGCCAGUGCCAGUCGUAGGUCACAGAAUAUUUUGGGUUUGAAGGGGCCUUAAAAGUCAUCUAGUUCCAAGCCCCCUGCAGUGGGUUUGUGAGGAUGGUCUCCAAAAAGCAGCGGAUUUGGUGGCAGGAUGACUCCCAACAACUGGAAGAAAGAAAAUGUCACACCAGGCUUCGAGGAGAAUGUGGGGAAACUGCAGACUGGCCAGUCUUAGCCUUCAGUCAGAUACUUUGGAGCAUCCUAACAUGGUGUGGGAAGUGAAGACAAAUCAAAUGCCUAAUGCAGUUCAGAAACUCCUUCUGGUAGUGGACAAGAGAACUUCAGGGAUGAACGAGUCACUGGAGUUGCUGAAGUGUAAUGAAAACCUGCCCUCUUCUCCUGGAUAUGCAUCCUGUGAUGAGCAUAUGGAACUUGAUGAUCUUCCUGAAUUACAGGCUGUGCAGACAGAUUCUACCCCACCUGCACUUUUUCAGCUUGGUGCUGAUGUUUCACAUCAGGAAUGUUCAAGGCCUUCAUGGAGCCAACAUACCUCAAACAGCAAUCCAGAAAAUGCUUAUUCUUGUGAGAAUGGGGUGAACUGGUUGACAGAAUUAGCAAAUAUAGCCACAAGUCCUCAGAGUCCUUUGAUGCAGUGCGCUUUUUAUAACAGAUCAUCUCCUGUUCGCAUAAUAGCAACGAGCAAAAGUUUACAUUCCUAUGCACGUCCUCCACCAGGAUCUUCAAACAAUGAUCCCAACUUCUCCAAGAAUGAUGUGGAUGAAACACCAGUCAGACACGAAAGGGCAAAUAGUGAAUCAGAAUCUGGCAUUUUCUGCAUGUCAUCACUUUCAGAUGAUGAUGAUUUAGGAUGGUGCCAUUCCUGGCCCUCAACUGUCUGGCAUUGUUUUCUAAAAGGCUCUCGUUUGUGCUUUCAUAAAGGGCGCAAUAAGGAAUGGCAGGAUGUUGAAGAGUUUGCAAGAUCUGAAAGCUGUGGAAAAGAGGAAAAUCUCCCAGUCAGUCCAUACAAGGACUAUGGUUCCAAUGGUUUGAAGUUGAUUUCUCAUGAAGAAAGCAUUUCAUGUGGUGAGUCAGUUCUGAAGCUGACUUUUGAUCCUGGCACAGUGGAGGAUGGCUUGCUUACCGUGGAAUGCAGACUUGAUCAUCCAUUCUAUGUUAAAAAUAAAGGUUGGUCAUCUUUUUAUCCAAGCUUGACUGUGGUACAGCAUGGCAUUCCAUGCUGUGAAAUGCAUCUUGGAGAUCUGUGUCUACCUCCUGGACACCCUGAUGCCAUUAACUUUGAUGAUUCAGGUGUUUUUGAUACAUUUAAAAGUUAUGAUUUUACCCCGAUGGACUCCUCUGCAGUGUAUGUGCUCAGCAGCAUGGCUCGCCAGCGUCGCGCUUCGCUGUCCUGUGGGGGAUCGAACAAUCAAGAUGCUGAGAGAUCAGAAUGCAGUAGUAAAAACUGUGCCUCUGCUGCAUCAUCACACCUUUCCUCCAAUCCUUUGUACAGCAAAGCUGGCAAAAGCCACAGCUCAGGGACUGCAAGUACUGUGAGUGCCACUUCUCCAAACAAGUGCAAAAGACCAAUGAAUGCCUUCAUGCUUUUUGCCAAAAAAUACAGAGUUGAAUACACUCAGAUGUAUCCAGGGAAAGACAACAGAGCCAUAAGUGUGAUACUUGGCGACAGGUGGAAGAAAAUGAAAAAUGAGGAAAGAAGGAUGUACACACUAGAAGCCAAGGCCUUGGCGGAGGAGCAGAAGCGUUUAAAUCCUGACUGUUGGAAAAGAAAACGAACAAAUUCUGGCUCACAACAGCAUUAAGCCAGAAUAUUCCUGUUAACUCUGUAUUUUCAAAAUGGCUAUUGCUUGAUGGCAAGAAGAUGCAAGAUCAAGGUCUUACUAUUUGUUGUGACUAUGUGUGACCAUAAAAUACUGGCACCAUCAUGGAAAUGAUCUGAGUGCAGAUUUGCUUUUUAAAAUAGAACAUUAAGUAAGCUAAAAACUAUCAGCAUUUUAAACCAAAUUGCCUUAUUUUUCUUCCAAACUUCAUUAUGUAUCAGGUAAUAUAGGCUUGAAAAUGGAUAUCCUGUGGUGCUAAAGUACUUUAGAAAGAGGCGAAGGAGAUAUGUAUAAAUGUUUAUUUUUAAAAAAAAUGUACAAAAAGGGGAAUUUUAAAAUAUGUAACAGCUGUUUAUAUACAUUGAUUCUUAUUGCUGAUUAAUAUGUAUUGCACAACUGUAUUAUUAAUUGCGAUUCUGGGGCCUGGGAUUUUUGAAAUGGCAAAGUGUAUUAUCAGCUUCCAGCUUCCCAGCCUGCUCUGCUGCCAGCAAGUUACCAGAAGGUGUGGGAAUGAAGGGUGUGGUGUGAUGUAGCAAGGGAGCUGCUGCUUGGGAUGCCACUUAGAAGACUUGUACCCACAAGGGACAUAUUUUUGCAUCGGCUGGCACUAGUGAGAGCUGUCGUUUUGUGGUGGAAACAAUGGCCCAAGACAGGAUGAAACAAAUAAAUAGCAUUAUCUCAAGAAAAGUGGUGCUGUUGAUAUCAUCACCAUCAUAGUUAUAACUCUGUGUUUUGUCUUUGCCACAUAUUCUACAACAUUUUAUUUUGCCAUAAGACAUCUUUAUGGUGGGGGCAAACUUUGCACUUAACUGUAUGUGCAACACUUGCACUUUACUUUUUUUUCCUCUUCCAACUGUCUAAAAUUAGAGCAGCUGUGUUAGAUUACAAUUGCUUCUGCUGUGAACAUUUACAAUCAUGGCUUUUCCUGUACUAAACAGCGGUGCGUUGUUUCUUUUUUUAAGAAUCACAACUGUAAAUUUCAGUUUAUGACACGUCUACAUGAUGUUGCCCCUAAGAUUUUUGCACACUAUAUUCUUGUAUAUUAUUUCAAAUAAAUUCAUUAAAAUUU